GUGCGCUGUUUUCACACGGGAAAUGUGGUCUGAGUGCAACUCAUCAGACCCCCAGAUCGGACAGGAUGCGCGAGCGUUUGAUGGUGAUGAUGUUGACGCGCAGGACGCGCUGGCGGCCUACGGCGAUGCGCACACCUGCGUGCGUGUGAUAAUGUGCGCAUGCGCGUGCGAGUAAUCGUUUCCUGGUGUGUAAGAGAAAGCUGGAGAGUAAGAAGGAGGCACUGCUGAUUCUCUCUAAAGAGCUGGACAUCUGCCAGCAGGAGCGUGACCAGUUCAGACUGAUGGCCAAUCAGCUGCGAGAGCGCCACCAAGGGCUAAAGAAGAAAUACAGAGAGCUUAUUGAUGGUGACCCAACGUUACCUCCAGAGAAAAGGACCCAGGUGAAUUUAGCGCAGCUGCUGCUUGACGCUCAGGAGAAGAACUCGAAGCUGAGUGAGGAACGGAAAGAACUGAAUCAGCGAUUAGUUGAGGUUCAGGGUGACAACAAGCUGCUGAGGAUGACUAUCGCUAAACAGCGUCUCGGUGAUGAAGAGGUCGGAGUUCGCCACUUUCCAGCCCAUGAGAGAGAAGAUCUCGUACUGCAGCUGGAAAAAGCUCGAGAGCAGAACUCGGAGCUGGAGCAGAGUGUGAAGGCGGCGGUUGACGAGCUGCAGGACUUGCGUGCGGAAAGAAACGUGUAUCAGGAGAAAGCGCAUCGCCUCAACAUCGAGCUCAACCACAUCCUGAGACGCCACGACGGUCGAAUCAUGGACGUGGACGCUCUGUGUAUGGAGAACAGAUACCUGCACGAACGCUUUGUACAGCUUCAAGAAGAAGUUUCUCUUCUCAAAUCCAAUCUGAUGAAGUACAAGGGGGCGCUGGAGAGUAAGAAGAACUGUAAAGUGUAUGGGAAGGCUAACAGCAGUGCGCUAACAGGAGUCCUCUCGGCUAAACAAGUUCAGGAGCUGCUGCUGUCUGAGGAAAACGGCUGCAGUCUGCCCGUGACGCAGCAGUCCAUCAGCGACCUGAAGUCUUUAGCCACAGCGCUACUGGAGACCAUUCACGAGAAGAACAUGGUGAUUCAGCACCAACGCCAGACCAACAAGAUUCUGGGUCACAGAGUAGCCGAACUUGAAGGAAAGCUGAAAGCACUGGAGAUGUCUGGACUGUGGAGCCUUCCUGGCUUUACUUAUAACGUCUCCGUGGGACUGGGGAGAGGAAGAGACGUGAUUAUUCUGAGUGAACACCAGCCGGUCCAGACGUCGAUGGGGCAUGCGGUGCCGCUACCACACGCCUCCGUGGCAGACAAAGAGGUUGUGACUGGAGAGGAAGUGACCGAAGAGACGACUCUCACUGCUGAGGAUCAUCCAAGCCCGCAUCUUCAUCAUCGUCAUCGUCAUCAUCAUCAUCAUCUUCACAACACAGUCUGCUUAAAACACACACACGUACCUGAACAUCUUUCCACAGAAAGCACCACCAGCUCACUGAGUCCUGUGGAGAGAGUAACACACGGAUACAAGUUAGAAACGUUACAUGGUGAUGAGGAUCUGAGCUCUCCAGCAGAGGAUCAUGGGAAAGAGGGUGGCGCUUUGGUCACAUGUUCCGAGUACAAUCCUGAUAUUCAGGAUGGAUCAGAGAGAGACAUUAGGGACGUGUCAGUGCUUGAUGAAGACUGCACAGAACCUGAUCGCAGAACAGUGAAGAACAUUGAGAAUGUGACAAGAGAGGGAACAGAACCAGAUGCUCCAGUUAGGAGCACGUAGAACAUAGAACUGAAAAAAGUACUGGACUUAAACACGGAUCCGAACACGAUAAGAUCCUGCUUUCAGCCUGUACAACAUUGUCGUGUCAAGUCUUUGUGUCACUUCAUUCAUCUACGUUCCGCAUGCACACCGGGACACGCUCCAGAAGAACACUGGGGGGCGCUGUAUCGCUGUGCAUGGGCACUAUUUUUAAGGCGAUUUUAAGUCUCGAGAUUUAAUCUUUAAAAGACUCAACUGAUCCGAAGUGUUCAAAGAGAAACAUCUUCCAAAAAUCCAGCGCAUCACACCCUUGUAGAUGAAUGAAUCUCCACACAAUCUAGUGGAACAUCUUCCCAGAAGAGUGGAGAUCAUUCUAACAGGGAAUGGGGACUGAAUGUGUAAUGGAAUGUUAAAAAAAAUGGACACCUCAAUCAGGUGAGGUCUGGUGUCCACAAACUUUGUCCUGUACCGUGUGUGAUGGACUGAGAGCGUUGAGGAGGAAGACCUCAUCCGCGGCAGCUGCGUGAUAUCAGAGGCUUCAGUGGAGGGUGAAGGAGACGGAAGACACAAAGCUGUUCUCCUGACACUAAUAACCCAAACCCGAAUUCAAAAGUAUUCGGACAGCCCGAGGGAGGCUUGUCUGUUGUACGAGAUGCUGAAAUGAUAAACGUUUCUACAAGUUUUUGAACAGCCAAUCACAAGACAUCCCAUUCCACAUGUAGUCUCCGUUUCCUGUUAUAAUGAGCUCCACUCUUCUGAUCCACUCGAUGUGGAGAUUCAUUCAUCUACAGGGGUGUUAAUAAAGUCCGGUAGUGAUGGAGGUGAG